AUGUCUGCGAACGGCGAUUCUACUGGAGAGGCAGAUGCCGCUUCGGCCGUCAAGGUGCCGAACAGCCCAUCGACCGCGUUUGCUGCGCUGUCGCUGUGCGACCAACCGUCGUCGUCCUCUUCACCCCAGUGCUCGACGUCAUCCGCGCCGUUCACUCCAGCACACAUCAAAGAGAUCGCAUCCUCAACCGCGCUCGUAGCACAACUCGAUGCGGCUCGAAAGAGACCCAAACCACUCAUUCGGUCCACGGGCCACAUCGUCGAGCGUACUGAUUCGCACGUCAAUUCAAAUGACGCUGAUCACCACCAUCUACUUUCAUGGAAAGUUGCCGAAUUCGCCUACCGAAAGACCACAUCGAUAGGAUCGGAACUCCCCACUCUUGCACGUGGCCUCUUCACAGAGCGUAUCGGCUGCUCGUCUGCAGCCGAAAAGCACCGCAUCGUAGUACGAGGCUACGACAAGUUCUUCAACCUCGGCGAGAUGGCGUGGACGAAACCUGAAUCGAUCUCGCGCUACACCACCGCACCAUACGUUCUCACAUUCAAGGAAAACGGCUGCAUCAUCUUUGUCUCUGCGCUUUCGCCUGAUGAGCUUGUGGUGACCUCGAAGCAUUCGCUAGGCUCGAUCGAAGGUGCCGACAUUACGCAUGCACAGAAGGGACACGAAUGGCUGCUCUACCACCUGGCCUCGGUAAAGCGAACCGAGCAACAGCUCGCGCACGAGCUGUGGCGACGCAAUGAGACUGCAGCAUUCGAGCUGUGCGAUGACUCGUUCGAAGAGCACGUACUUGCGUACUCGGCCGCAAGAUCCGGAUUGCACCUGCACGGGCUGAAUGCCAACUCGCCCGAAUUCCGCACGCGCACCAUGCCGGAAGUGGAUGAGUUCGCGAACGAGUGGGGAUUCAUCCCAACACGCUGGCUGCAGCUGGACAGCUUGGACCAAGUGCAGAGCGUUACAAGCAGGAUCGAGCAGACGGGUGCAUGGGAGGGUGAGCCAAUCGAAGGUUUCGUCAUCCGCACCCACAUGCCCGACGCCAAAGCGAUGCAAAGCUUGGCUGAAACAAACGUGGUCAGCCCACCGUAUGCGCCUGGACAAGCUUGGUUCUACAAAGUCAAGUUCGACGAGCCGUACCUCAUGUACCGAGACUGGAGGGAACUGGCACGCAAGAUGGUCAAGGACAAAGCUGAGUGGGAGACGAAAGUUGCGAGCUUGCCUGCAGCAUGUACAGGUCAUGAUUCGCUCGACGAGGCCGCUCCGUCACUUACGAUUGUGCAAGCCGAAUCGUCCGCCUCGAUACCGGACAACAACGUUGCUCACCUCGGCGAUGCGGAUGAUUCGGACGCCAAAGGCUCGUCGAAAGCAGCGAUCAAACGAGCACGAAAGCGGCUCGCCAAGCAGACGGCCAAGCAAGCGGCCGCGCAUCGCACCGCCGCACAAGCAGCUGGUCUACUACCUCCUUCGCCCCCGCAACCGCGCUCCAAACGACCCGAAACCGCUCUCUUCAUCCAAUGGUGCUACGACCGACUUUACGGCAACGCCGCUGCACAGGUCAAACCUCAACCUCAGCUCUUCGCCGGUCUGGCGCAGAACAAGGGUAUCAUUGCGAUGCGAAAUGCAUUCCUGGCUUACCUUGCUGCUCAUCACGCGUCCACUAGUCCAAGUACAAGCGCUGAUGAGGCUGCCAGAGACGCGGAGCAAGACACUCGCCCGUAUACGAAAACCAUCCUUGCACCGAUCGCCGUACCCGGGUGUGGAAAGACAGUGCUGGCCGUAGCUCUGUCGUCGCUCUUCAAUGUCGGACACGUGCAAUCGGACGACUUUAAGAAGAAGACGGGCUUCUUGUCGGCGAUCGAAAAGCAUGUGCGUGCGCACGCUGCCGAUGCCAACUACGUCGUGUUCGCAGACAAGAACAACCAUCUUUUGCAACACCGUGACGAGGUGAUCCAACUUGGAGCGCGACUUUCGCAACCAGCUGCACUACCGACAGGCAAGAAGCGCAGGCAGGUGGCCGACGUCGGUCGCGUUCGGACCGUGGCACUAGCAUGGGAGCUGGACACGGUGCCGCUGAACACGCUGCACCGCAUCUGUGCGAGCCGGAUCGAAGCACGAGGGGAUAACCACCAGACGCUGGUCGCCGAUGCGGACGCGGCGAGUGUGAGUGGCUUAAAAUCGCACGAGGUGGUGCUCUGGAGGUUCUUGGAGGCGCUGCAGCCGUUUGCGAGCAGCGACGCGAAGGGAGAGGGGGACGAAGGGUAUGGCGAUGCGAGGUUUGACGAGGUGAUCAGGUUGGGUGUUGACAUGUCGGUCGAGGAAAAUCUGAGGAGGGUGGUCAACGCGAUGGCGGACAAGGUGGGAUGGGAGAUGCCGAGCGACGAGAGGUUGAGGGAUGCCUUGGAUUUGGCGGCAAGGUGGAAGGUGGAGAACAAGUUGAUAAGCAAGUCUGUUCCUGGCAGUGGCGCGGAUGCGUCGAAAUCGAGCACAGACGCAACCAUGAUUACGCCUCGGUACUUUGGAUUGGCAGUUGAGCUGGAUGUGCGACAACUGCUCGAUUCCAUGCUGCUCACCACCGAUGCGGUAGACGAGGGCAUCUUGCGCUUCUACACAAGCAUGCGCGAUAGUAACCGUCUCAACCGACGUCCGCACAUCACGCUCGUUCACCACUCGAGUCGAUCCGCCCCCUCCACCAGCUCGCCCAACAACGCCGAUGAAAAAUGGUCCUUCUACACCACGCUCCUCUCACAACCGCUAGACCACGCCUCAUCCACAUCGUCGCCCACCGGCGCACAUCUAGUAUUCAACGUAUCCAUCAGUAAUCUGCUCUACGAACCCGACACAUUAUUCACGCUCCCCGUAGACCAGAUCACUCCGCCCGACAUAAUCCACUCGCGCUUUCACCACCUCCACUAUCCCCCCCCUCCAUCCCCACCCUGGACACCACAUAUCACCCUAGCUACCCAUCCCAACAUCCCACCCUACGAGGCUAACCGACUCGUCUCCCAAUGGAUCUCAAACACCCACCACGCAAACGUCCAAGUCCUCAACCUACCUACCCAACUUACCGUCCAAGCUAGGGUUUUCGCCAUGUCCUGA